AACAAGACUACUAUUAAAUAUCUUCGAAGAAGAAAUGAACCAAGUCUAACCCCGAAAUAGGGUCUCCAAUCCAGUAGUGCUUCAAGUUCAAGUACGGGCUGGUGGAUGUGAGUUAGACGAUGGAGAGCUCGGCAGGUAUCACUGUCACUGUCAAACAAGAACCAGUGGAACCUCACAACCAGCAGGAAAAUGAGAGAGGAUGUCCGGUAUUACUGCCAAUCAACCUGUGUCAUGUUCACCACCAGGUCAAUUAGACACCCAGACAGGAAGGACCAGUGUUGGAGAUGGUCAUGGCUUUGGUUCUUCAACAGAGGAACAGAACUCACAGGAUUCCUGUGCAGGUGUCCAGCUUCAUGCACCAGCUCUGAACUCUAGGAGGACUCCUCCAGAUUGGAUCCCUUGUGAGCCACCAUAUGGGGAACGGGAAGCACCAGGUGCAAGCACUACAAUGAUGCAAGAAUCACAGGUUGCUCUUCAGGACCUUGAUGGUCCUUCGACCCAAGAGACUGAAGAGAACAUGGUUUCAAAUACCUGUGAAAGGACGCCUGACCAAAAGCCAUGGAUAAUUGAAAAUAAAGGAAAACAUAUGUUAAUGCCACAGCGGGAAAAGCAUUCUGGUGGAAUCAAGUCGAUUUCCCACAAAUCCAGGGUUUCCAUUUUUCAUCCAGAAGAUCUUUUGAGCAGAGAUGGGAAAAAGGCAAGUGCUCUGGAAAGAAGAUAUUUCUAUGGAUCACAGGCUUCUGAUACUAAUCACCUGAUGAAAGAUGGUCUGGGUGCAAGACAGUUUCAAAGCCAACAUGUAUCUGAUGCAAAUCCAAGAUCUCCAGCCAAUGACAUGGUUCAAGUAAAUGGCAGGGAGAGUUUGGAUGUAAAACCCUCUACUAAGGGUGUGACUAUGAUUCGUGAAUCAGGAAUUGCUGUUCACUGUCAAGUAGAUCUUGUAUCCAAAGAGAACAAAGAGACAAAUGCGUUGGAAGGAACAUCUUGCCAACAGCCACAGAACCAUUGCGCAUCAGCAAUGGCGUCACUGAAUGAAGAAGAACAACUCUCGCAGUGCAAGAUAUGCCUCAAAUCUUCCAUACAUUUAAAAUCACACAUGAAGGUUCACACGUCAGAGCGGCCAUUCAAAUGCAGUGUCUGCGACAAGGGCUUUAUCGAAAGACGCCACCUUAAAAGCCACAUGCGUAGCCGUACGGGUGAGAAGCCAUUCGCAUGCUCCGUCUGCCAGAAAGCGUUCAGCCAAGCGACCCACCUGACUUAUCACCUCCGCACCCACACCGGGAUCAAGCCUUUUUCUUGCGAGACCUGCGGGAGGAGCUUCGGUCGUAAAGGAGACCUGACAGUUCACAUGCGAAUCCAUACAGGUGAACGUCCAUUCGCCUGCAAGCUGUGCGACAAAACCUGCAGUACACAAAGAAGCCUCACCCUCCACAUGCGUGGUCAUACCGGGGAGAGACCCUACAGCUGCACUGUAUGUCCCAAGACUUACACAUCCAAGAGUAACCUCAUCAAGCAUGUACGCAUGCAUACAGGCGAGAAGCCGUACCAAUGCUGGGUAUGUCACAAGGAGUUCCGCGCAGGCUCGGAUCUGACUUAUCACCUCCGCACCCACACCGGGAUCAGGCCUUUUUCUUGCGAGACCUGCGGGAGAAGCUUCAGUCGAAAAGGAGACCUGACAGUUCACAUGCGAAUCCAUACAGGUGAACGUCCAUUCGCCUGCAAGCUGUGCGACAAAACCUGCCGUACUCGAAGAAACCUCACUGUCCACAUGCGUGUCCAUACCAGGGAGCGACCUUACAGCUGCACGGUAUGUUGCAAGACGUACAGAUGGAAGAGCGACCUCACCAAGCAUGUACGCAUGCAUACAGGCGAGAAGCCGUACAAGUGUGGGGUAUGUCUGAAAGAAUUCAGCUCAGACAGAUAUCUUCCUAAACAUGUCUGUGCUCCAAAGACUACCAAUAUGACUACUGCUUAGCAAGGACACGAUCAUCAAUGUUGAGAGCCGAAAGAGUGUACAUAACUCUUUAAUUUAAAACAGAUUCCAUGCACUCUCUGUUCUCAACAGGCAAUAUCCCUGAUUAGGGGCGAAACAAAAUACAUCUACAAUUCUACAUGUACAUGUAUGUUUGUAGAAGUUCUUUCUUGGCGUGCUGUAUUCAAAUUAGUUUCUCUUUUGCCUAUUUAUUGUUUUCUUUUUUGUUUGUUUGAUUGUUUGUAACUUUGUUCUUUAUAUCAGGGCUCCUUUUUGGAAUUACCAGAGCUAUUUCGGAGCUUCCCAAAGUUGAAUUGGUCAUUGAUCGUAUAUAUUUGUUUCGUUUCCUGAGCAGUUUUAAUAUGUUGCCUAUUGUAGAGCCAGAAGGGCAUUAACUAAAAACACAAACAGUGUCAUAUGCCCUUCCGUUGCUCAAUAUGUGAUAUUUAUGUUUCCUAUGAACUCAUAUUAUCAGGUAAAGUGCAAUAUUGUGCUUUGAGUAAUGUUUAAUAGAAGGAAAUUCACAACAUUUGUAUUGCUUUUUUUCAGUACUGGUGUAUAGUUUUUCUUCUGAACAUGCACACUGUACAUGUGCCGGUUUAUCAGACAGAAAUUUUUGAAUUCAAGAAACUUGUAGGAGUAAUUUUAUUUUUGUAGUAGAUCAUGGUACAGUGUCAUUCUUAAUUCAUGUCCCUCUCUGGAAAAUCUGUGAUCAUUAGACUAAUUAUAAAGAUAAAGUUGAGUUGCGGUCAUGAGAUUGCAUUGUAACCUACUUAAUUACCGCUUGAUGAACAAUCUUUGAAGCCAAUUACUCAGCCUCUAUACAUUUUCUACCAAAAUCGUUUGGCACAUAUCAUUUACUUGUAAUCUUGAACAUUCAGUGCGAGUUUUGUUGGAUUCUGUGAGAAUUUAUUUUGUAUCAUUACCUUAUGCAGAACUCAAGCUAAUCUUUAAAUUGCAGUGGCGAUUUAAUGAUGAUAAUUAUUAAUCAAUCAUGAUAUUACAAGGUAUAUAAUAUGUGUAAAAACAGUUCUAUUUUUGGGUCAAUGAGACCUUCAAGGGUAGCCCCUUGGAGAUAUGGUCCCUAUCAUGAAUAUGCAUGAUGGCUCAUGGUAAUUCUAUUCCAGGAACUACAUGUAUGUACACUGUAUAACCUCUGUAUGCCUCCAAAUAGCCUUAGUCUUAGAGCACAGAAACUAUUGGACGCUUCACAAUUGGACACUUAGAUUAACCUUGCGCCUUUCCUGAAUUUGAAUUUGACAGUCUCUACUCUGGCCAGGGUUAGUUUGCAGGCAGAGUAAUGCAUUACAGAGGUUCUAAGCUAGGAGACUAUACAGAGACUGCAGUCCAUAUGCCCUUCACUGUGGCUGAUCUUACUGGUAUAUGACACAGCCAGAGACCGACAGAGUUAGACUCUGCAAGAAUCUUUAAAGAUAAAUUUGAGUUCUGGUAAAACAAAAGAAAAUGAAUUCUCACAGAAUCAAAUGAAAUUUACACUGAAGGUUCAAGAUUACAAAUAAAUGUCAUUUUCCAAACAAUUUUGGUAGAAAAUGUAUACUGGCUGAGUAAUGAGCAUAGAGAGAUAAGGAAAUCUAGGUUGGUAGCCCCUGACACCAUUUGUGUAGUCCCAUACAUCUUUUCCAACAUUCUACCAGGGAUAUGAGAAAUUCUACAUAGCAAGACUACCACUGCAUGUAAUUGACAUAGAAAUGUGCAAUCUCAAUGUAACAGUAAAAACUGUGGGGUCAUGAGGGGUAUUUAUUAGGUGCUUAAAGUAGGCUGGAAAUAAUGUUUGGGCUGUUUAACAGAAGGGCGAGUUUUCAGCACUACAGGUGUGAUUUUGUGCAUGCUGUUUGUGUGUGUACUUUUGCACCGUUUAGGUGCAAAAGUGUUAUACUAGUAGUGCCGUUUUGGGGGCUCUAAAAGGGGUUAUUUAAUGCACUAGAAGUGUAGUUUUUAGCACCAGAAGUGUAAACAGGCUUACACUUAAAGUGUUUAAAGUAGCACUUGGACUGGUGUUGAAUUAUAGCACGUGCACAAGUGCUACUUUAGCACAAUUGGGCAGUCCCUUUGCGUGCCCUUACAGGUGCCUCCAAAUCUUGAGGUGCUAAAAUUAUCUCUUGAUUUUUUUAGAGUGUAAUAAAGUAAAUGUUAAACCACAAAGACCGGUAAUAGUAAAUUAACAUUCAGAAAUAAACAUUAUUACAUCUACCUUUAUCAAUUUUACACAUGUCUAAGUGUGGCGCAAUUAACAUUAUAUCAUAAAUGUAAAAUUUAAAAAGGAUACAAGACACAUUUUGAUAUUUUGUAUGUGGUUCCAUGAAGUAUACCACAACAUUUUCUUCUUUGAGGAGAAAUUCAAAUAUCAUCUUAAUUAAAGACAUAGGCUAUAUACUGAG